UCAAAGUCUUUACCGUCGAUUCAACCCCCCCAACUCUUUCUUUUUCUCGCCUCUUCGUCCCUUAAAUACAUUCCCAUCUCUCUUUUCCCUUUUCAGCUCUUGGUUUUACAGCGAUUUUCUGCGCUUUGUCUCCCUCACCCUUCAUUCGUCCUUCGAACCCCUCCCUGAAUCGGCUGUUUUCCACUUAAUUUCGUGAGAGAUCUUUGGAGGAAGAGGUCAACGCUAUGGCAUCCGAAGUUUCGUCCUCGCUGUUAUUCUUUCUGGUGAUAAUCGCUUGCUUCUGUCGAUCAAUCUCUGAGAUACAUGGCCACCAGAGCCUCAAUUCAAAUGUCUCCACGCUCGCCGGGAUCGAAUUGCCCAGUCACAUGAGCUUCAAUGCCGGGUCCACUUCAGCGAGCUCUGGUUGCAGCCUCUCGACCUCUGAGAAGCCCAAAGACACGGAGUCGUCCUCGGCCUUUACACAGGCUUUGACCGCUGAAGAAGAAGAAGAAGACGAUGAUUGUGAUCAUGGUGGGGAGAGGGGAGAAAUGGACGGCGAUCGAGCUUCUUCUGCACGGGCCGAGUCGGAGCCGCCGCAACACCGAGAGACGGUCAAGCUCCACCUGAAGCACCGGCCGAGGGGGGACGGCCGCGGGAUGAAGCCGCGAGAGUCCGCGGAGGAGUUCAAGAUCGGGGACUUGAGCAGAAUUCACACCCUGCACAGGAGGGUCACAGAGAAGAAGAACCAGAACACCAUGAUGAGGCUGAAGAAGGACAAGGCCGCGACGACGCAGAGGCGGCCGAGGAAGGUCGUUGCCGAUGUGGCCGACCCAUCGCCCGCGCCCGCGCCGUCCCUGGAGGCCUACGCAGGCGGGCUCUCAGGCCGGUUAAUGGCAACUCUGGCGUCCGGCGUGAGUCAGGGCUCCGGUGAGUACUUCAUGGACGUGUUCAUCGGCACUCCUCCUCAACACUUCUCGUUGAUUCUGGACACCGGCAGUGACCUCAAUUGGAUCCAAUGCGUCCCCUGCUACGCCUGCUUCGUGCAGAACGGGCCGCAUUAUGAUCCCAGCGACUCCACUUCCUUCCGCAACAUAAGCUGCCGCGACCCCCGGUGCCAUCUGGUCUCCUCACCGGACCCUCCGCUGCCGUGCAACUCUGAUUCCCAGACCUGCCCUUACUUCUAUUGGUACGGCGACAGUUCGAACACGACCGGCGACUUCGCGCUCGAGACUUUCACGGUCAAUCUCACUUCGCCUGCGGGGAAGUCCGAGUACCGUAAGGUGGAGGACGUGAUGUUCGGGUGCGGCCACUGGAACCGGGGGCUCUUCCACGGGGCAGCGGGGCUGCUCGGUCUUGGGCGGGGCCCGCUCUCCUUCUCCUCGCAGCUCCGGUCCCUCUAUGGCCACUCCUUCUCCUACUGCCUUGUGGACCGGAACAGUGACACGAGCGUGAGCAGUAAGCUCAUCUUCGGCGAGGACCGGGGCCUCCUAAGCCACCCCAAUCUGAACUACACUUCCUUUGUCGGCGGCCAAAAUAAUCCGGCCGAUACAUUUUACUAUGUCCAGAUCAAAUCGAUAGUCGUCGGAGGUGAAAUCCUGAAGAUCCCCGAAGAGACAUGGGCUUUAGGAACAGACGGCUCAGGUGGCACAAUCAUCGACUCCGGCACAACGCUCAGCUACUUUGCAGAUCCUGCCUAUGAUGUGAUCAAACAGGCAUUCCUGGACAAGGUCAAAGGUUACCCUCUGGUCCAGGACAUUGAGAUCCUGCACCCUUGUUACAACAUCUCGGGGGUCGAGAAGGUGGAAUUCCCCGAGUUCGGGAUCGUGUUUUCCGACGGGGCCGUGUGGAACUUCCCCGUCGAGAACUACUUCAUCCCGCUGGUGCCGGGCGAGCUGGUGUGCCUGGCGAUCCUGGGGACCCCCCGGUCCGCGCUCUCGAUCAUCGGGAACUACCAGCAGCAGAACUUCCACAUCCUGUACGACACCAAGAAGUCGCGGCUCGGGUACGCGCCCAUGCGGUGCGCCGAGGUCUGAAACCCCUCGAAAAGCCCCCAAAAAUUUCCGGGUUUGAUCAGGAGAGGGAGGGAGGGGGGAGGGUGAUGUUGUAAACACUGGGUGGUAUAGGGAGGUGGGGAAACGAAAAUUUUUCAUUCUUAUUGUUACAGCAAAGUGUAAAAAUACUUCGGGAUUAGAUUCAUUCCAUUCCAUCCUUUUCCCCGGAGUUCCGGGUUAGCAUCGCAACUACGUACGCCGCACCGGUAAAGAGGGGAUAUUCCAGAUUCCGAGCCGCCGCCACCGGAUUAAACCGCCGAUGACUCUGCCCUUUUGCCCUCUUAAAUUUGCUGUCUUUUUUUACUGCAGAUAGCUGGUUGAUUGAAUACACAAAAUCUCAUUUUGCAGCAGCAAAGAACCAUCUGUUCAUACUUUCAUUCUUUCCACAGUUGCGUGAUUUUUCCAAGUUGGUGUCCUGUUCCUUCGAUUCAGAUUUCGUUGUUUUGUCUUUGAUCUCUUCGAGGGGCUCUGAUGAAGCAGCGCAUGCCAACAAAGAAUAGUCAACGGACAGGCGUGUCCUCCUCCCGCACUCCUUUAAAAACAAAUGAACUGGUCAACGGUUAGGUUGCCACUUCACUUUCUAUCAAAUAAAAAAUGAUUGUUAUACCUUUUUUUCUCAAAUUUUUUCUUAACGAAUUAUUAUUAGACUA